CAAGCCUGCUGUGGAAUGUGUGUGUGGGAGGGAGCGUUUUCCAUUUUCCCUCCAGCAGUAGGAAGCGUCCCAAUAAGGACGGCAGGGCGGGUUCUUGCUGCUGACGCUGUGUGGGCGGGGCCUGCUGCAUGAUUAAAUGGAGCAGUGAUGAUGAAGGCGAGCAGAGCUCCGACUGUGAGACAGACUAAAGGAUGGCGAUGCUGCUGCAGCCUCUGUGGACCUUUGUGCUGGGACACGCCCCCCUCCUGCGCUCGCCCUUCUUCCCCGUGCUCUUCUCGCUCUCCGUCUACCUGUCCUUCUGCCUGCCCUUCCUGCUGCUGGACACGCUGUCCACCAGGUGGGCGUGGGUGCUCAGGUACAAGCUGCAGCCUCAGAGCUCCAUCAGCUGGUCGUCGGUGCGGCGCUGCCUGGCUCUGACGCUCUACAACCACCUGGUCUUCAUCUUCCCGCUCACCGUGCUGCACUGGUACCUGAGGCGGGUCCACCUGCCCGAGGAGGCCCCGCCCCUUCCGCGCCUGCUGGCUCAGGUGCUCGUGUGCCUGCUGCUCUUUGACUUCCAGAGCUUCACCUGGCACCUGCUGCACCACCGAGUGCCCUGGCUCUACCGCACCUUCCACAAGGUGCACCACACCUACACUUCCACCUCCGCCCUCACCGCCGAGUACUCGGGCGCCUGGGAGACCCUCAGCCUGGGCCUGUUCGCCGCCGCCAACCCCCUCCUGCUGGGCUGCCACCCGCUCACCGAGCUCGCCUUCUUCGUGGUCAACAUCUGGCUGUCGGUGGAGGAUCACUGCGGCUACGAUCUGCCGUGGGCCACGCACCGCCUGGUGCCGCUGGGGCUGUACGGCGGGGCGCGCCACCACGACCUCCACCACCUCAAGUCCAAGUGCAACUUUGCGCCGUACUUCACCCACUGGGACCGCCUGGCCGGGACGCUGCAGACGCAGGACUGAGCCGCCGUGAUGGCGAGGAGCUGAUGUAGAGACGUUUUCUAUUUAUUUAUUUCUUCCUGUUUUUAUUUAUUAUGCCACUUCUGAGCCCACCAAUCACAGCGGGCUCUCCUCAGCUCGCUGCUCCUGUCUGACGUAGAGACGGAGCAGACGGAGCCCGAGAGCGCCGUGAGCCGUCGACGGCGUGAGGACGUUAACUGCUACCGGACAGAUGUGCCGAUGAGGCAGCUGGCUGCGAGCGCAGGACAGACAAAAGUGAAACGAGGGACAGAGGAAGAGAUAAGCUGGCGAGGAAGAUGAGGAGUC